UUUCCAAAAACAAACAAAAAACGGCAAACAUGUCUGGAUAUGGGAUUCUGCUGCUCUACUACGUGCCGUCUUUGUUGUCCACCGUCUUCGUCUCCGUCUGCUCGACCUCACCCCUCGCCGGUGUUCACCCCUUGGAUGAAAAGUACUUUGAUUCGGAUGUGAUCAAAUGCAAGGACGGCUCCAGAUCCUUCACCAGAGACCGUCUCAACGACAACUACUGCGAUUGUCCCGAUGGCACCGAUGAACCCGGAACAGCAGCGUGUCCAGCGGGGAAAUUUUACUGCAGGAACGUAGGAAGCUUGCCAAAGUUCAUUUUCUCUUCUCGGGUGAAUGAUCGUAUUUGUGAUUGCUGUGAUGGAAGUGAUGAGUAUGAAGGUAGUAUCCGUUGUCCCAACACAUGUAUUUUGGGCGGUAACGUUCACUACAAACCCGAAAGGUGGUAUACCUCUACAGCAAGGCAACUGGGUUCAACCAAUACAAAGGGCACGAAAGAUGGAACGAGCCUGCAGGACAUGGUCCAGAAGCUCCAAGGUGUGAAGCUCAUCUUUGUCCUUCAACUGGCUCUGAUUGGCUCGUUGGCCGUGCUUUGGACGCUUAGACGGCAUGCUCGUUCUAAGAGGAGAGGGUACCUCCGUUGACGCAUUUCGAUGAUGAAUCGAUGGAGUAUCCAGGUGACAUUCUCAUGUUUAUAUGAAACUGAUGCAAGAUUUCUGUCAAUCGGUUCUGUAUGGUGUUAAGACAGUAACUAACCCAAUCCAAACCCGAGUUUUGAGAUGAAUUCUUAGAUUAAGGAGUGAAUUCUUGUCCCUUAACAAUAGAUUCUGAGACAUUAAAACCCCAAAACUGAGAUCGUUAUCUGAGUUCCUUCCAACAUCCAAACUCAGUUGUGUUGUUAACUUGUUAUAUCCAACUUCUCCCUAGACAGAAACCCAUACAACAGUUCUCUUCUUCUGCUGCAUUGUGUAUGUAUUGAUUCUCUGCAAAUUCCAUAAGAGAUCUUUUUCGUAUAUAUUA